AGGAAGUGAUAACUGCUAAUGAGGAGAAAAUAAAUGUCAAGGACUUCAAGUUGCUCUCCUGCAUGAGGGCAGCAUUUGUAUGUGCACAGUUUUCAGUGCCACUUUGUAAAAACUUUGUUGCUGGAUCCCUUCUUCCUGCUCUCCACCCAUUCAAACAAUGCAGUUGGAAUUAGCCUGCCGGGAAAGAGUUGAAGAUCAGAGGGGAAAGCCUUGGGAGAUUUCACUGUUGUCAUUUUCAGCCGGGCUAAUUAAUUUUCCAGUGACUGUUGUGUGUUCAGUUUUUGAUACUGAGAAAAGCAGCAAGGAAGGAAGAUUUAGAAGCAGAGAACUGAGUCAUCAUGAAUGACAGGGCUUUUGCCCUGAGCGUGGAUGUGCUAGAUCAGAACAUUCUAUUGGAAAUCUUGUUUGCCUUUACACCCUAUUCUUUAGCAAAAACCCUUAAUUUUCUGCUUUUAGUGUAUAAAUUGAUGGAGUCUUCAGCAGUUUAAUUUUCAGCUGGAGCACUGCUGGUUAUAUCUGUACUGCCCUCAGCGGCUGGUCUGUGUUCCCCUGGCCAGUUGGGGCUUCCUCCAAGUUUAGCUGUUCCCGCAGUUUCUAUCCCUGUGGGAUAUUUUUUCAGACCUUAACAUUUUGAACAUAGUUUUUGCCCCUUCCUUUUAACAAUCAUUAUGUAUUGAUGAAGCGCCCAAUUUCUGCAAACUCUGUGGUUACCAUCUUCCCACUUCUGUUUCAUGGCAGUGUGGGGUGAGUGUGUGGGUUAGGGGUGUAUGGCAUGGCAAAGCCUUGUAGGACAGUGCUGUCACACUGGGCUAAGUAAAAACAGAGAGACCUUGGGCUGUCCCAAGCACACUGCCUGUGGUGCAAUCCUAGAUUAUUUUACCAUCAAAAUAUUCCCAGGAGAUUAGCUGUUCCCUUCCUGAGGGGAUGCUGGGAACGAUUUAGGUCACAUGCAGGACAGAUACAGGGAACAGGAGCCUUGAAUAAAUGGGAGGUGGUCCAGACUGAUGGUGUAAAUGCACCCAAUAGCUUUUUGUGGUAACUGGAAGAAUGCUUAAACAUGUUGGGUCUAAUUAGCACUGAAGCUUUUUCUAUUUUGCUAGUCAGUAUUUUAUAAGUUUAUGAAGAGGUGAGCAGAACCAAAUUGCCAAUUUAGAAAUAAUUCAUUUGAUGAACAAGCUGUAUUUGUUGAACAAAGGGUUGCCAUCAAAAUUGGCAUCGUACUUGUCUGUCUCUUUUCUUCUGUGUGUUCUUAAAUCUGAGCAGGAAUCACUUUAUCUGAAAGUUACCUUGUUUAAAAACAAAUAGCAAGAACCUCCUUACAAAUCUGUCUGUUUGAUGUGUUUAUGUGCAAGUUUGCUGUCAUGAUAAAAGUCUUUUGUGUCACUUCUUUUGACAGACUUUUAAAAAGCCUUUUUUCUUUCGAUAUUUUUUCUGUCCUACAUUAGUGAUUUUUAGUAUUUUUAUUUGCUGUCUGUUCCUUUAGAAAGCUGCAUUAUCUGAAAUUUAUAAUGCUUUUGAGAGAAGCAUUGUAGAGUGGCAUCUCCUCAGAAUAAGUGCUGCCCUAUAUUAAGAGCUCUGAAAGUCUCUUGAAAUUUUUAUGUGAAGGACAUCCUAUCAGAUGGCAUUCUUAUGGCUUGGCUUUUUUGAUCAGCGUGCUUGACUUGUUUCCAUUUAAUGCAGUGUCCUCUUUGAAGUCUGGUUCUGGGUUUGUUUUGUUUUUCCCUGAAACAAGGAUGGAGCACUGGGAUGAGUGUUUACUCAUGCUGCUAGGCAGAUUGUCCGUGGAAGGACUAUUGCUGCUGUGUCAUUAAGCUUAGGAAGAACAUGUAAUUUUGUUAAAACAUUUCACAAAUGCUUCUUCAGUCUCAUUACUCCUGUAACUACAUGGUAAUAAUAAAGUUCAAUUGCCUCUAAGCUAGAACUUCUCUUCUGUAGUAACUGUCUUGAAGCUUUCAGACUCUUAAGAGCAAGAGUUACUACCAUAAUGUAGGGAGUAGUAAAUAGUUGGGAAGAAAAGGUUUAAGUAUAUAUUACUUUUCACAUAUCUCCAAGUGACAUUUCCAAUCUCAGUGAAGGGUAAAAGCAGUGUGGGCAGACUUGAAUCCUGUGGGGAGCAGUAAGACUACAGGGAAUGCAAGAAAUGGGAAUAAAUGUUACUGCGUGGGAAGGAGCAUGGGGUUUGUGAUGGAGCAGGAGAAAGGCUUUGCCAAGCCUAUGGCUUGUGGAAUGUGUGUCUGUUGGGUGGGGGUUUUCUUUAAAGUGUGGCUCAAUAAUAGUUGUCUUUGAGUUCUGCUCUCCUGUCCCUCCUCUUAGGUGUGCCUGGAUUUAGCAGUGUGUAACUGACUCCCGUGUUAAGUGCAGGAAAAUGGUUUUUAAAUUAUUCUAAGCUGGAGAAAAAUAUCUGCUUGCAUGAAAAUUAAAGGGACCCUGUGGAGGUCUAGUCUAACCCUCUUCUCAGAGAAGGACUAAUUUCAAAGUUAAAUUAUGUGGCUUGGAGCUUCAGGGUUUUCCUAGGCAGAAAUAGAAACAUUUCUUCAGAAGUAUUUUGCCAAAGGACUGACCAGUGAAGAGUGGCAUAAUAAAGAGAGCUCUUCAGUGGGUCUGAUGUUUUCAUUUGCUUUCAUAACCGGUGUUCAGGAAUCUUGGGAAAAUUGGGAAUUGAAGAGUGAAAUUAGUUCAUCGCCAGCAGAAGUUCAUUAUUUUGGUUCAGAGAUUUUUCUCUAUUUUAGAAAGGAUUUAGAUGCCCUUACAUUUUGGUUGAAACUACUUUGUUUAUUUUACUGCAGAGCUUCCUCCUUGAAUAUUUGUGUUGCUUACUGGGCAGUAAGACAGUUUCUAAGGCUGCUAGGACCAGAUGUGCCAUCUGAAACACUGAGGUUUUCAUAAGGCCAAGGUUAUACAUAAGGUGUAAUGAAGUCAUUUUUUUCUGGUGAAUUGAUAACUUUGUUACUGUCUUGUAAGAAACCUUAACACAUGAUGGAUGCUUUCCCUCUUAGGGAGUACUUGAAGCUAGCUGUAAUUUUCCUUAAUUUGCACUCACUUCAGUACAGUAACAGCAAGCUUUUAAACACUCCAGUUUCCAUUUUUGAUCCUCAAAACUGAAGGGAUAUUUUGUUCCGUGGGCUGGUUUUCAUUUUGUCAGAGUGGUGGCCAGGCUGUGUUUAUAAAUUCCACUGAUGGGUAAUGAGCCAGCUUCAGUUGACAUACAUAUUUGUUAAUAACUGCCGAGUUACCUAAUGCCAAAGAGCAUUUUAAAAUACAAGAUUAGUUCAUGGCAUGCCUGUGUGUGCUACUGCUGCAUGUAAAUUUACCUUCUCUCCCAGCCGUGGUAAAUACAUUGUCAGGAAUAUGAGUCACUGAGUUGGUAUCUAAUAUGACACUUGGGAAUUUAAUGAGUUAAUGUUUAUAAAUAACUUCAAAAUGGUCACUGCUUCAUAAAUAAAGAGCUCCAGGAAGAGGGGAACUGUACAGAUAGUAAGGAAUGAUGAGGGUGUACAAGCCCCCUGCUGUCCUUCAGGGACAUCAUGGACCAAAACUUGACCGAAUUCUUUCACAGUUGCAAGAGCAACAGAGGCAGAAGGAGCUGGAACGGGAGAGGCUGGAUCGUGAACGGAUGGAACGGGAGAGGCUGGAGAGAGAGAGGCUAGAAAGGGAAAGGCUGGAAAGAGAACGCCUGGAGCAGGAGCAGCUGGAGAGAGAACGGCAGGAACGGGAACGGCAAGAGCGCCUGGAGAGGGAGAGACAAGAGAAGGAGAGGCAGGACCGCGAGAGACUGGAACGGCUCGAACGGGAGAGGCAAGAAAGAGAACGGCAAGAACAGUUGGAAAGGGAACAGUUGGAAUGGGAAAGAGAGAGAAGAAUUUCAAAUGCUGCUCCAUCUUUCGACAACUCCCCGUAUAGCACUCCACUUCCUGAAUACUCCAGUUGCCAGCCUCCUUCAGCACCUCCUCCAUCAUAUGCAAAAGCAGUCUCAGCGCCAAUGGCCGAGGCCACACCGGAGUACGCUGUAGUGACUUCUGCACCACCGACUUCCACUCCCCCUACACCGCCUCUAAGGCACUCUGCAUCGCGUUUUGCUACAUCCCUAGGCUCAGCUUUCCACCCCGUUCUCCCCCAUUACGCUACGGUUCCUCGCCCGCUGAACAAAAGUUCUCGGCCCCCUUCUCCCGUCAGUGCCGCGGCCACUUUGCCUCCCAGCGCCAAGCCCGCGGCCUGGGCCGCGCCCAGUUUCGCCCCCCUGCCCCCGUCUCCUCCAGUCAUGAUCAGCAGCCCACCAGGCAAAGCCGCUGGCCCGAGACCCGUCCUGCCGGUGUCGGCUUCCAACGCGGUGACCCAAGCGUCCACGUCUCCCACGGCUCCUAACGGGCUUCCUGAAAACCUGGCUUAUCCGGUUCCUUCACCUUCUACCUCAGGUCCAACGCCGCCUCCGCCACCUCCUCCCCCCCCACUGCCUUCCUUUCCGCCUCUGUCACUCUCUGGGCCUCAAGCUUCUCCUUCUCCCAACUCCCCGAAUGCCUCGACUCCCUCAUCCAAGCCUAGUGUUCUCCCUUCUCCCUCUGCAGCUACCCCUGCCUCUGUUGAGAACUCUCUAAACUCUGUGCUGGGAGACUCCUCUGCUUCUGAGCCAGUCUUGCAGGCAGCCUCUCAGCCGGUUGAAGCUCCGAGCCAGCAGGGUGUUGUCCAAGGACCACCUGCACCUCCUCCUCCACCUCCCCUGCCCCCUGGCCCAGCUCAGUCUUCAGUAGCAGCCCCACCUCCUCCUGGCCCUCCACCACCUCCUCCACUCCCACCUUCGGGGCCGCCCCCGCCGCCGCCACCGCCUCCUCCGCUGCCCAGCCAAGGCCCUCCCGUUCCCCUGCCACCUCCGGCUCCCCCCCUGCCAGCCUCGGGAUUCUCAGCGGGAUUCGUGGCCGAGGAUAAUCGCCCUUUAACUGGACUAGCAGCUGCACUUGCUGGAGCCAAACUUAGGAAAGUCUCACGGGGCGAAGACUCCUCCAGUUCGAGUGGAGGAGGAGGAGGCUCUGGUUCAUCCAAAACAGACGGUGGCCGUGGAAAUGGACCCCUUCCCUUGGGAGGCAGUGGGUUGAUGGAAGAAAUGAGUGCCCUGCUGGCCAGGAGGAGAAGAAUUGCUGAAAAGGGAUCAACAGAACCAGAGCAGAAAGAAGAUAAAGCUGAAGAAUCAGAGUCUUCAUCUUCUAAGGUUUCUUCAACAAGCACACCUGAACUAACAAGAAAGCCUUGGGAAAGGACAAAUACAGUGAAUGGAAGCAAGUCACCUGUUAUUUCCAGACGGGAAUCUCCAUGGAAAAAUCUGCUUGCUUCUGAAAACAGGUUCUAUGAUUCAUUAAACAGACCAAAAUCUACACCAACAGGACAGCCCAGUGCCAACGGAGUACAGUCAGAAGGUCUAGAUUAUGACAGAUUGAAGCAGGACAUUUUAGAUGAAAUGAGGAAGGAGUUAACGAAAUUAAAGGAAGAACUCAUUGAUGCUAUCAGGCAGGAGCUCAGCAAGUCCAAUACUGCAUAGAAAGACUCGUACUAAGCCGAUGUGACUCUUUAACUUGAUAUAAAACUGACUACGUUUUGUGAGCUGUUAGAAGAAAACGGAGACAGACAGACAGACACUUGGAAGGAGGGAGAAACAACCUAUUCUGAGAAGCUUCAGACACAUCACUCUGGUGAUAAUGCUAUUCCCCUCCUAGUUUGCAGCUUUUUUCUGACCUUUACAGCAGGGUGGAAAAGACUCUUAAAGUUACUGUAAUGAUUAUGCAGAAAUUCCUACAUCUAUCAGACAAGAUCACAGUGCUUUGAAGUCUACUCAUGUCAAGAUAAAAUUGCACAUGUUUCAGAAUUUGUUGUUGAGACAAAAAAAAAAAAACAAACAACAAACAGGGAAAAGCUUGGGAAGGCUUUUCAGAGAGGUUUUCUUUAUUAAUGAAGGAGUUAGCAAGUUAUACUGUUGUACUUCAGAUGUAUCUCAGGUUUGUCUUCCUAUCAUAUCUGAUAUUUCCAUGAGUAAUUUAAGAGAUCAGAUGUGUAGAAGUUCGGUUCACGAGACAAGGAGCAAUUAGAGACACGUGCUUUUAAAGGGCAAUAUUUCUAAGUAAGGGUGGCCUAGACGGUGAUGACAUAUCAAGGUUUUGGAAUUUUAUGAUAGGAAGCCUCUCUAGUUAGCCUUCAUGCAAUUUUCUAGGAAAAUUAAAAAAAAAAAUAAAAAAAGCAAAUACAGUCCAGAGGUUAAAGAUGUAGAUGCCUUCCUACAUUGUUACGAUGCUUUACCAAAUCUAAGACUUCGACAUAAAGCGAAUCAGCAGUCAAAUGUAAAUCAUUAGUAUGUUGUAGAUUUACAGUAGAUUUUGGGGCUUUUUUUAGAUUUAUGCAUGUGGACAUUUUGUAAUGUAACACAACACAGCCAGCUUUUUAAUUAAAAGAAAAAUUGCAUGUCACAGAGUAGCCUUUUCAUUUGUAAGGCUUAAUUUAUGCCCAGGAAGAUGUGGGAAGAGGGAGGGGGAAGGUGACACAUUUUUAUUACUUUCUACACUUUUUCUUCAUCUUACAUGCAUGUGUAAUAAUGAGGAAAACAUGACUUUUAUCAGUAACCAUGUUAAUGGAACCAGGUACUUGAUCCUUUUGUAUCUUUUUUCAGUUUUCUAUUUGAAAUUCAGUAAUGGUUCUGAAACUCCCAGGUGAACCAAACUCGUUUCUCAGUGAGAGAAAAAAUGUUGUAGGCAUCUGACGUGCUGAGGAUGCCCCUGUGUAAGUGCAUUGUCCUUCACCUUUUCACCAUGACCCUCUGCUUCACUCUUUUCUGAGACUCCUUUUUUUAUUUUUUUUGGUUGUUUAAGGAAACAGAACAGCAGGAGUUACCUGAGAAUGAUCAGGUCACAGUAAAUGGCCCCUUCUCCUCCUAAUUUAUCUGCCACCCUCCUUUCCAGAAAAACUCAAAACCAACAAAAAACCCCCACAGCUCCACACGAGACAAACCCUGGAAAAUAGCAGUGAUAUGCUAUUGGCUUUGCUCAACAAUCUGAGAGUCAUUUUUAGGGGAGGUGAUACCUCUCUCUUUCCCAGGGUUUUCAAUCUUAUGAGUGUAAAUUUUUAAAUUUUUUUAAAUUUUCUUUUUUAAUGUGGUAAAGUUAAGUGGAAUAGAAAUUCUGCAAAUUGGCCAUGUAGUGCUUUGGACAAAGAAUAUGGAUCAAAAUCUUCCCUUUUCCUUGCACUGUCCAUUUUUCCAAGCCAUGUUUGCUUUGGGAAUCUGUGCUGAUCCAGAAGAAAAGUUUACUUACAACUUGUGAAGAGAUUUGCUUGCGAGUACAGGCAGCUCCAUUCGUGGCACAGAUGCUUUCAAUAACAGACUGCCAGAGUGCUGAACACCAAAGCAAAACAGCACUCAACAGCUUCAGAAAGGCUUCAACAGGAAGUCUUUUUCCCAUUCAAACAUUGCCUGAUCCUUUAGGUUCAUGUUCUAAGGGAGGAUGACCGUGGAAGUAUUGCCUAACUCCAUUUAUUAAUUUUAUUAUUUUUUUUAAUAAAGAGGAGAAACACCAUCACUUUUCUGCAUGCAUUUUAUUGAAGGCAUUAAAAAGAAAAAAAAAUCCAUAGUGAGCUUGUCAAGUACUGUUUUUCUCAAAACAAGAGGAGGCAUUUUCAUCUUUGUUGAUGUAGCUUUUUGUUUGACACAGACUUUUUGAGCGGUAAGGAUGUUUACCCUUGUCAGAAAUCACGUUUGAUUCGUUUCUAGGAGGGUUCAGGAGUUACAUAGUGGAAUAGCAUGGAUGGCUAUAAGUGGUCCAAAAUUAAAGGCUGAACUUCUAGAUUGUGCAAGGAACUGGCUUAUGCACUAAACGUUUUGUGCCUUGGUCUACAAUUAACAUGAUUUCUGUUUAAAAGAAAAAGGAACAGAUGUUGUCUUUUUGUGCUGCUUCUACAUACAUACUUUCUGUAAUCCCAGCCUGCAGAACUGGUUCUUUCCAGGAAAUUGGAUUGAAUUAAAGAUUACUGUAGACAUUUCCUGACCUACUGACAGUUGCACCAUUUCCAGAGAUUUCAGUAUUGAAAAUGAACUGCAGAAGCUACGAUUAUUUCGCUUACCGGUGACUAAGUCCUUUAAAAACCAUAUUGUGGUGGUUCUGUGCUUUUGUACAAUGGAUGUCUUAAGCUGAGGGCAGUUUAAGGGAUCCUUCCUAAUGCCAGGAGGGCGUUGCUUUCCUCAACACUGUGAUCUGACCUGUGAUAAACCUGCACUAUAGACAAGUGGCUCCCGAGUCAACCGCAAACCAACUGAAUGUAAAACCCUUAGUGCUGGUGCUGAAAUCUCUUCAGACAGUCACAAUGAUUUCCAGUUCGUUGUUUUCAAGUUACCAAGUGUCAAUCAAAGACUGAAGCUGUUCACUAAUGAAUGUUGACUUUUCAUGCAUUUAGGUUUACCUUCUUUUUAGUUUCUCAGUUCAUUCUCUGCUAUUUUUACCAUAUUGUGUCAUUUUAAAUUUCUUACAUGCUAACGUUUUGUUUGAGCGAAUGAAAUAAAAUUGCAAUAUAUACACGUUGCCACCAUUUAUUUCGGGAACCUCACAGAAGACUCUCUGAGAUUUAUCACUCAAAAUUCCCCAAAUUUUUAAUGGCUGUGAUCAUUCCUUACACCUUGAUUCCACCUCUCCUUUCUGUUUCUCCAUCGGAAGAUCCAGUAGAGAAUAGUGAAGACCUAACGGUAUAAAGAAUGUAACUGCAGGGACUGUGAACAUUCCUGAACAGUGACUGCUGUGCUGUACAGAAAUUAAAAUGAAUUUCAAAUGUAUGAUGUGAUUUACAUUCUCGCAUGGCACACACACACUUUGGUCUUUGUAUCCACGGAGAAUAUGGAGGGAAAGACUGGGGGGGAAGUAAUUGCAGCCAGUCUGCCUUCUUCUCUUGCUGCUUUUAUGUUCAUGACUUAUUUUCAAUACUGGUAAUAAAGCAAACCUAACAUGGCUGAUCAUUAGAGGUUUCUGUGCACUAAGGACAGUUUCCUCAAUUUAUCUUACAGCAGAAUCCUGAGCAGAGCUGUUCAAAUGUCCUUAACUUGACAUCCUGAGGCUGUACUUCACUGCUGCUGUUGUUUGGCAAACCUUGGCCCCAGUGCCAAGUUUGGCACCAACCUUAGUGAGUUAUAAAGGUUUGGGGUUUUUAAAUAAAAUUAUCACUAGAUUCU